AUGUCAGAACAGGGUGACAUCACCCAGAGCUUUGAUGAGCCCAGGGCAAGUUCGCAAGAUAACGAACCGACCGUUGAUCAGGCCACCGUCACACACGGAGGAAGUGUCAACUUCGAGAUAAACGAAGCGCCAGUGAAGCGGCAGGUGAACGCACUGGUCAAGCUCCAGUCGAAUGAGAACGGGGUUGGUCGAUGGCUUGAUCUUUUUCUCAACCAAGAAUGCAAUGCAUUGCCAGAUGUAGACCUCCUACAUGGCAUAGACAACAGCGUGGUCAACGCUGCGUUGGCUCGACUUCUUCGCCUGAGAAAAUGGAACGCACAGCAGAAAGCUGCGUUCAGGUCCCUUCGUCGUACGAAAGGGGGCUGUGCCAUUCUGGAGGGAUUCCUGGGCUGCGGCAAGACCAGUGUCCUGGCCGCCACGGCCAUCUUCCUCCAUCGUUGCGGAUUCAACGUCUUUCUCGUCGUUGAAAGAGCUCAGUUCGAUGAGCUUAGCGCAUUGGAUCCUAUCCAGUACGUGCGUAUUCGUGGAGAGGUUGAAAAGAGGGCUAGAACAUCUGCCAAUCCGCUGGAGCCCGGUGCAGUCGUCGAGGAGAGCCUGGAACUCGAGAAGCACAUCGCAUUGAUUGGUCACCUACAGGCCCUCAAGUUAUCACUAUCCAGAAGAGCGGAAGGAAACCCCGAGUACACUCUCUUGACACAUGUCAUGCGCAAGUGUAUCGAACCAGUCACCAAUGGUGGCGGAUAUUGGUGA